GUGUCUCCACUCCGCGGCAGCAGGUGGCGCCACAGAGCAGGAUCAGCUGGUGUUCUACAUCAUCAGAGGAAGAGGAGGAGUGUGUGUCAGCGGGGGUCCUCGGUUACCGUGGAGACCGCUGUUACCACGGUGAACCAGGCUGAGGUUGCCAUGGCGAACAAGACAGAGCUCCACGCCUCAGACCACACCUCUCCUGAUGAAGAACUGACAAAGCCCGCCAGCCGCCGUCCCCGCCGACGAGCCGCUGCCACUUUAGGUAGGCGGGGUCAGAGAGGGAAGAAGCGAGGCCCUGGAGAGAAGAGGCGGGGCGCAGGUGAUAGGAGGCGCGUCCAGAAGGAGAAGAGGCGGGGCCAUGAAGAGACGAAGGAGGGUGUGACGGUGAAGAGGACGUGGAGCGACGGGAAGCGGCGGUGGGAUAAGAAGCAUUACUGCGUGUUCUGUCGGCGGCCGCAGGUGAAGAUCGCUCGCCACCUGCUGAGGAAACACGCCGACCAACAGGAAGUGGCAGCUGCCAGCACGCUGCCAACGGGCUCCAAACAACGCCACCUGCUGCUGGAGCAUUUACGCUGCAGAGGAAACUACAUGCACAACAUCGAGGUGAUCAGGCAGGGCAGCGGAGAGAUCGUCCCGUGGCGUCAGCCGUCAGAGGAAGUGGAUGCGAGGAACUACCUGCCCUGCCCGCUCUGCCUCGGCUUCUUCCUUCGUGCUGAUCUGUGGAAACAUCAGGCCUCCUGUCGUAAGAAGCUGACCUCUGACCCCUCCAAAGACUCCACCUCCACAGCAAGAUUGACCUCUGACCCCGUAAAGAACUCGACCUCUGACUCCACGGUGAAGUCGGACUGUGAUCCAUCAAGCCAAAGGACGGACAGGUCCACAGAGGACACACCCUCCGACCCCUCAGGAGACACGACUGCUACAGACCAGAUUGGGUCCAAACGUCCCGUGACCUCUGACCCCGGUGUGGAUCAGAAUGUGACCUCUGACCCCGGGACAGACCCGCCCAGGAAGCGCAGCAGGGUCCAGGCUGCAGCCUCCCGCCUCCUCCCCAUUUCCAGCGGCGCGUCUGAGAGCUGCAGUGAAGUCCUGCACCGCAUGAACCAGGACCACGUCUCACAUCAGGUCAAAUCUGAUUGGCUGAUCUGUAAAUAUGGGAACAAGUUGAUGGGGAACCAAGAUGGCAGCCAGAGGAGGUACGACUACGUCAGUCAGAAGCUGAGGGAGCUGGGCAGGUUCCUGCUCGCUGCUAAAUCUCUGGACUCUGACGUUCACACCCUCCAGGACCUUCUGGCCCCAGGUCGCCUCAGCCUGGCACUGGCCGCCGCCAGGAAGGCGUCCGGAUACCGCUGGAGCCGCCCUCCACUGGCGGUGAAGACAACGCUGAAGACAGUUUGUGAAAUUGCCAUCGGAGAGAGUCUGCAGGAUGGAGACUGGGAGGCUGCUGCCAAGACCACCGACUUCUACCACCUGCUCGGGAGGGAGUGGGACAACCUGGGGCUGCUGAACCUGGAUCCUGACACAGCUGCUCCUGCAGAGGGAGCGAAGCUGAAGAAACGAUCCGUCCAAUCCAGAAGUGACAAGUGUAAAGAACCGGGUCAGCAGCAGUCUGACCCGAGACCAGAGGGUCCAUCUCAGAGGAGUAACCGACCGCUGACGUCCACGAGUCCACCAGAGUCCAGACUGCAGCCUCCGAUCUCAGUCCCUGUGGCUCCCAGGAAGGUCCGACGUCGCCCGUGGUCGUCUGCAGAGAAGGAGGCGGUCUGGAGACAGCUGGGAGUCCACGUGCUGGUCCAGUCAGUACCAGGGAAGGAGGUCUGUCAGCGCUGUCUGGACCUGGAGCCCGUCCUCAGAGGGCGACACUGGAAAGACAUCAAGAACCAGGUCCAUAACCAGAUCCAGAGCCAGAAGAAGCAGCAGUUUCACGCUCAGAUGGACCUUCAGGAGAACCUGGAGCAACAAGACCAAAUCCAAAACCAGAAGAAGCAGCAACAGCAGUACCAGGCCCAAGUGCACCAACAAGACAAGGACCACAACCAGAAGAAACCGCAGUACCACGCCGAGAUGGACCCCCAGGACCAGGACAACAUUCAGAAUCAGAAGAAACAGCAGUACCACGCCCAGAUGGACCACCAGGACCAGGACACCGUUCAGAAUCAGAAGAAACAGCAGUACCAUAUCCAGCUGGACCACCAGGACCACCUUCAGAUCCACAAAAAGCAGCUUUGCCAUACGAGACUAGACCACCAGGACCACCAUCAGGUUCAUAAAAAGCAGCUGUACCAGAUGGGCGAGCAGACCCCCUUGGAUCGGGACACUUCUAUGCUGACAGGGACACCUUAUGGACCUGACGGGCCACAUCGAGCCCCUGGACAGUCACUGCUGGAGCGGGACCCCACCAUCAGUCCAUACCCUCUUCCACAUAGGACACUGGGGCCUCACAUGGACCAGCUGCUGUCCCGAGCAGACUGGACCGAUGAGUCUUUGGUCCAGCACUACUCAAUCAGCCGGCAGCUGGACCGGACCCUGCUCCAGGAUGGGCCCCCAGGACAGACACCUCACUCUGGACAUGUCCACUUCUGAUGGACCAGCCCACGGUUUCCCUGAACACUAAAGACUGUCAGUCUCCGCACUUCCUGUACAAAAUAAAACACACCUUUUUUUUUUUUACUACGAGAACCUAGAACCUGUUACUGACCCUCCUGAGACCCUCAGUCCUCACCUGGGGACAUCACACCUUGUGUCUGCUGCACCUUGUUCCUUGUUCGUGGACACUUUCUGUCCCAUCUAGUGGCAACGACAGCACAACAACCUAAUCCACGUAAAAACAAGAUGGCCGGAAGUACUUGUUAUUGUGUUACUGCAGGACUUCACAUGGGUCAGCUAACCUUUCGCUAAGCCCCGCCCCUUUGUGGUGGUCCAUCAGUCUGUCAGUUAGCCUGUAGCCCACAGUGUCCCUCACAAACCCACAGCAGCAGCCUGGAGUCGAUGGAGCACAGCUGUGUUGUUGUUGGAGCUGGACGAUGCUACGCUGUGAUUGGCCGGUCUGUGUUCAAGGGGCGGGACUUAGUGAAGGGUCAAUUCAUUGUGACAGACGGGACAGUCCAGCCUUCAUCACAAACAGAUCUUCAGAUGUGUUGUAUUAUUAGUAAUGUCGUUUUUCACAACUGUGUUCAGGUACUGAAAUAAACAGGUUUCACUUCAUUACACUGUGAGACUGUUGGACAUGAACCCAGUGUCCCCGUGUGAGGACAUGAACCCAGUGUCCCCCUGUGAGGACAUGAACCCAGUGUCCCCGUGUGAGGACAUGAACCCAGUGUCCCCCUAUUUCUAAAACUACUUCCUGUUCAGACAGUGUUUAGUUUUUAUACUGAUCCCAUUAAUCAUUAACACCAGACAAAGUGAGGUCAGUUUAUUUAACGAUGCUGACAUGAUAGAGGACGUCUGUUCCACGGCUAAGCUCCGCCUCCCAACAACCGUAAAGUGGCCACGUUACUGUACGUUACCACGUUUGUCUCAGUGCACAGCGGUGUCUGUCAGUCACGUGUAUCUGGGAUGUUGUGAUUUAGGGACACACUGAUGUAUUAUGAUAAGCUGUAGUCUGUGGUCAGCUGACAGGAUGAUGUAACGUUCCACAUUUCUGGACUGAACACUAACAGGUGUGACUCUUCAUACCUGCCUCACUGGCCCCGCCCCCAUAUGACCCCACACUACAGGUGAACAUCAUGCACACAACAUGACUUUAAAGUGUUUUAAAUGUUAGCGGGGAGACAGAGGAUGAUGAUGAUGAAGCCCAGUGUUCCUGUGUAUGAACUACAUCCUACUGACAGCUGACCAACACCAGCAGCUCUGCCUUCAGUUGCUCCGUCACAUGUUUAUAUUGUCACGCCACAGACCAGCCUGCAGCCGCCACUCGUCCAAUGAACCUGUGCUGUGACAACAGGAAUCAUUCAACUAACAUGUUAAAGUUUACCGUAAUAAACUGAGUAUAACUCUGUAUAUGUUUAUAUAGUUCCAACAAGGACACACACACACGCACACACACACACACACACAACAAAUGAUUAAAGACGGCAGUAUUUAAUGAACAUGAAAUACAAGGUGAGGACAAGAACAAAUGUGAUGUGAGUAUUAUUUCUAAAUGAUUUAUAAACAGUUGCACUGACUAAGAGAUCAUUUCUCAAUCCUUUAUAACCGUCUUAACAGUUUCACAUCCUUCUGUGAAUUAUUCCAGGACGAAGGAGCAGCGUAUUUAAAAGCUUCUUUGCUGAGUUCUGUUCAGUUCUGUUCUCAUCCUCAGAACCACCAUUUGAAGAAUAUUAUGAAAGCGAAGGCCUUACUGAUUGGGGUUCCUGCACGUGUACGUGGACAGAUCAGAGGGAACCAGGCCAAUCUGGACUCAUCGCUGAACCUAACGUUCCUCCGCAUGUUCAGGUUCCAGUGCACGUGUUGCCGACACCAGAGCAAACGGGCCUGACGGCGAAGGGCAGCAGUGGCAGGCCUCCUGGCAGCCAUGCUGUGAGACCGGAGACUGGCUGCGUGCGGUCUGCCCUGGAUUGUCUGGGCAGAGAGCCGUCGGCCAUAUCGUCCUGCACACCUUGACUGCAAAUCUGUAGCAGACUGCCUACAAGUGCUGAUAGGAUGAGGAAACGGUCUUCUAGGCACGCUCACUUCUCAGCCUGUCUCUGACAUCCUCCAUGAUAUCGAACUUAUAACCUUCAGUUUGCAGAUGGUACGAGGGCUCACUUUAAAUAAUGCUGCACCUUGGUUUUGCGGAACACCAGCUUGAAGUUGUCCUAUCGCACG